AUGAAUGACAAUGAGAUCGAUGCAGUUUUAGCUGAAGUGAGAGAACGAACGAAAGUACUUAGUGAACCGAUUCGUACAUUGAUAAACGAAACAUUGCGAAGUAGCGUUGCUAUAUUCAAAGCUAAAGAUAUUGUUCCCUUUCGAAAUCAUGGAUCGGUUAUAUUUAUUGGCGAUGCUCAGCGCGCGAGGAGCCCAUUUGCUGGCAAUGGAGCGAAUAUGGCUAUUAUGGAUGGAUUGUCUGUCAGUUUGGUCCGACUUCUUGAUCAAGCUCUUCGUGCUUGCAUUCAUCUGAAUGAUUUUCAACGGGGAAAAGCUAUUCACCAAGAAUUGCCUCCAAAUUUCCUUAACAAUGAAUACAUUCGCACAACUCUCAUUCGUUUAUAUAUGAAAUGUAAUGACGUUGAUAAAGCACGAGAACUUUUUUCUACAAGUUCAAAAAAAUCAAUUUUAAUGUACAAUACAAUGAUCGAAGGUUUUGGAAAGAAUAAUCGAGAAAAAGAAGCUUUAAAACUAUUUGAAAAGAUGUCUGUUGCACCAAAUGUCUUUACUUAUACUCUUUUGUUUCAACUUUGUACUCAAUCAUCUGAUCAUAAUGUAUUGCAAUUUUGUAAAACAAUUUGGAAGAAAAUGUCAAUUGAUAAUCAAAAGAAUCCCUAUGUUUCAUUUGCAUUCUUGAAUUUAAUCAUUAAACAUGAACAAAUCUCCAAUUGGGAAAAGUUUUUUUCUCAAAUGGAAAAGAAUAAUAUCAUUUAUACAGUAAUGAUGAAAGGAUAUCUUUCAAAUGGAAUGGCGCAAAAAGCAAUUGAUCUCUUCUUUCAUCUUGAUAAGCCUGAUGAAAUAGUGACGGGAAUAUUUUUCAAUGCAUGUGCUCAACUAAACGACAAAACGACGUUGGAUUUAGCAGAAAAGGUCUUUUCUCGACUUCGUUCUCCAUCUGAUCGUCUUCUUCAAUCAAUUUUCACAAUAUAA